GCAUUUAGCGGCGCUUUAAUAUGACGUUCACGUUUUAAAAAGUCCGGCUUCGACCGACUUCGCGAGACUGUUUCCUUUCUUUCUACCUUGUUGUAGAAAUAAUGAAGUGAAUUUAAAUUAUAGGUGCUACAUUAACGUAAACGAAAGCCUUGCAAUGACCCAUAUUCAAUUUAAACAUCGAAUUGACUUUGUGGUAAUUAAUACCGCAACAAGGCAGCGUAGCACAGAGCUGCUCAACGAAUUGGAACGCGGCCCAAUGGCGCCACUGUUUGAACACUUGUCGAUGUCCUGUUGGCUUUGUGUUGUUGAGCAUUCACGUUUUCUACAUACUGCCCUCGUUUAAAUCAACUGAAGAGCCGUUUGGGGCGGAUAUGGGUGUUCACGACUUGUGGUCCAUCGUGGAGCCGGUUCGUGAGUCGGUGCCGCUGUACAGUUUGAGCGGAAUGACUCUGGCAGUGGACCUGAGUUUAUGGGUGUGCGAGGCCCAGCAUGUCCAAGCGAUGAUGGGGAGAGUUACCAAGCCCCACCUGAGGAAUUUAUUUUUCAGGGCGUCAUCCCUCACCCUUAUGGGAGUAAAGCUGGUCUUUGUGAUGGAAGGAGAAGCCCCUAAACUGAAAGCAGAAACCAUGAGCAAGAGGACAGAAACAAGAUAUGGAGGAUUCAAAAAGGCUUCUGCCCCUAAGACUACAAUAAACACCAGCAGAGGGCGCUUUAACGCUGUACUCCGUGAGUGUGCAGACAUGUUGGACUACCUAGGUGUGCCCUGGGUGACAGCUGCUGGGGAAGCUGAGGCCAUGUGUGCCUACCUGGACUCACAGGGCCUGGUGGACGGUUGCAUCACUAACGAUGGAGAUGCCUUCUUGUAUGGAGCUCAGACUGUCUACAGGAACUUCAACAUGAACAGUAAAGACCCACAGGUGGACUGUUACAGGACAUCCAGGGUCCAAACAGAGUUGCAUCUCUCCAGAGAGAAUCUAGUUGGUCUGGCCAUCCUCCUUGGCUGUGAUUAUAUUCCUAAAGGCGUUCUAGGUGUUGGUAAAGAGCAAACUCUGAGGCUUAUCCAGAUGCUGAAAGGACAAACACUUCUGCAGAGGUUUAUGCAGUGGAAGGAGGAGAAUGCAGGCGUGUUUGAGGGAGUAAAGAAGGUUCCUCACUGCAACAUAUGUCGACAUCCUGGCUCAGCGAAGGCGCAUGAACGUGGCGGCUGUGUGCUUUGCGACAGCAAACGUUUCUGUCAACCUCAGGACUUUGACUACCAGUGUCCUUGUGACUGGCACCACUAUGAACAGGCCCGGCAGGACUUGUCUUUUGAGGCAAAUAUCAGAAAGAAAACUCUGGCAAGUCAACAGUUCCCUUUCACAGAGAUCAUUCGUGAGUUUCUGAUUUCAAAGGAUAAGCCUGUGUCACAUUUUAAGAGGAGGCAGCCAAAUAUGCUGUUGAUACAGAAAUUUGCCAAUGACAAGAUGGAGUGGCCGAAGCAUUACACCAGUGAAAAGGUUUUAGUCCUGAUGACCUACGCAGAGUUGAUGAACAGAAAAUAUGGACGUGAAAUGUCCUCUCAAAUCAAGCCCCUCAGAAUAUUGAAACCAAGGGUGAGGAAUGCCGUCGCUUGCUUCGAGGUCAUCUGGAGCGCACCAGAGCAUUACGUGUUUCCUGAGGAUCGGCCUGCAGAGAAUCAACAUGAAGUGAGGACGGUGGAGGAAGAGUCUCUCUUCCGUGUGGCCUACCCAGAGGUGGUGGAGAGCUACCUGAGAGACAAAGCUCUGGCCGAAGAGAACAAGACCAAGAAGAAAAGGCCAAAGAGUAAAAAGGAGAAGCCAUCUGAGGUCUCCGAUGGUAUUUCAGACCUCUUGGCCCAGAUGACCCUUCAGAGUUCCUCUAACACAAACACACAAAUGCUGAUCCAUGCCAUUUCAAACACAGAUGAACCAGAAGUGGUGGUUUUGGACACUCCGGUUAACCAUAAAAAGGAUCUGAAGUCAAAAGAAGACGACCGCAGUCUUGGCGGUUGCCCCAGUAGUCCUCUGUCUCGGGCCGAAUCAGAGGCUGCUGCUUCACUGUCUGUCUCUGCUGUUAUCGACGCUCUACACCUGAGUGAUAUUGACUGGGAUGCUUUGUCCUUCACAUCCACUCCAACUCAACAAUCGGCUACAAAACACAACACUGAGCCCAAACUGAGCAAAACCACAGACGGUAAUGUCGGGGAAACAAAGGCUGAAAACACAAAGCAGAAAACCUCGGAUGAAGUCAAAGAAGCCGACUCCAGAUCUGCUCCGGAGUUGUGCUACACAGACUGUCCUCUAAGGGACAGGCUGCUCAUGAAGAACACAGCGAAGGUUGUAAACCAGACGGAGGCACACAAUGACGUGGUCUCAAAGCAACUGAACUAUGAGUUGGCUUCUUUCAAACACAUUUCUUCUCAUAACUCAAAACCAAAUGGCCAGAUUCCCGGUAAAGUUAUUAGUGAAUUAUCAGAAGAGGAAUCUGAUGUUGACAAAAAAGAGCCACUCACGGACAAAAGGCAGUGUGCAACGAGUAAGGGAGAAACAAACACUCGCAGCUCUAAACAUCAGUUGGGGCCUGCAGCUCAGGUUAAGACAAAGGACAAAUGUAAUGGCUCCCAAAAGCCUCCUGAGAAAUAUAAAUUUGUCCAAAAAGCCAUUUCAUCAUCUGCUGUCGCACCGCAGAGGAGCCACUCUGACCCAGGGCAACGUGACAAGGGCCGGAAGGUGCCACAGGCCGCCAAGAAGAGCGUGUGCAUGAGCAUGUGUUCAUCAAGCGAGGAAAGUGAUGCAGAGAACCAGCAGUCUGGACCUCAAAGAACAACUCAAAUCAAGCCCAUGAACAAGAUCAAGGACGGCUUCCUCUCAGACUUCCCCUUGAAACCUAAAAAAGUCAAACCAACAGUGAGAACGGCUCCCGCUGUUCAGUCAGUACAACUAAAACCUCAGCGCUGCAGUGUAGAUAUCAAGAUAAACGGCAUACCUUUAUCAACUAAAAGCAGAUGCCAGGAUGUCUCAGCAGCUGAAGUGGAUGGUGGGGUGUUCCUUCAGACUCCAGCAUCACCCGUCGUGGUGUUAGACAGCGAUGACUCAGCUAUUUUUAGUGAGAGUCCAUUGCCACUGGCAGAGAGACUGAGGCUGAAAUUCCUGAAGUGAGCAGGACGAUAACAGGAUCUGUGUUGAAUCUUUAUUCUUAACCCUGGAAAUGGAGGUUGAACAAAAAGUCUUAUCUCAAGGUCCACUUUUUACAGCUGUAAUAGUUAGUCCAGUUGUCAGUCGACGGAAAAUGAAUCAGCAAAAUUGUUUUAGUUUUUUUUAUUGCAAAUAAGUCACCCUUUUUAUGGUUCCAGCUUCUCAAAUAUGAUAAAGUGCUGCUUUUCUUUGUCUCAACAGUAUAAUAACUUGUAGAUGUUUUUUUUUUUUUACAUUUACAUUUGUUGACAUCAAAUUAACUUGUAGAAUAAUCAAGAAAAACACGACCUGUUACUAAAUGGAUCUGUUUCUGUAAAACAGUUGUAAGUAUAACAUGCUGAUUAUUCGUGAAAUGUGGUUUGAAAGCUCCAAAAAAAGCAAAAAAUCUGACGUCAAACUUAUUUACAUUAUUUCUUUGAGGCUGUGCCAUUAGAGUGUAUACAAUGUUCUGCAACAUAUGCUGAUAUUGAGAAGCUUGAAUGAUUGUGUUAAUAAGGAAAUUGUUACAAUAAAUAUUAUUCUUAUAAAUGUUUUCUAUCAGC